AGAAGUUGAUGCGGUUUAGAAUUCUACUUUACAUUGUUUAAGAUAAGAAUAGCAAUAAAAAAUGGACUCUGAACCUGAUAAAAACACCACCAGCUCUGAUGAAGCCGGCCAUCUCAACAGGAACCGGAGCUUCAAAUCAAAACAGCUGGUGCGAAGCCAAGCCAUAAGGGAGUCGCAGUCACCACCGCGCACCGUCUCCCCAGCGGUGGUCGAUGACCUCGUAGAGAGAGACAGCAACAGCAACGGUGACAUGCGGCCGGCGAGUGCGACAGAGAACAUUAGUGACAAUUCUAGUCCUAUUAGUGAUUGCAUCGAUAAGCCGCAGCCGGUAGAAAUACAGAUAACGCCAGGGGCCUGGGAUGACCAGACCGAACAACGUCAACGCACAAAGCGAUGGCUUGGACACAAACACCACUCCGACUCAUCACGUGAUCUGUUGUCCAACAAUCCCAGAGUCGCCUGUGUGUGUGGGACAUGCGCCGCCUGCCCGCACUGCAGAGGUCGGCGACGGAGACAAGUGUGUCCAACGAAACAGGACUCCGGCAUAGUCUGCUCGGACGAGUGCCCCGACUGCUCCGACUCCGAACUAAAUGGUGGUCCAACUAGUGACGGUGUUAGGAAGUCGGACACCGUUGAGAUUGAUGACCAGAGCUUCUACUGCAGGUGCCCUGAGCGUAAAGAAGCAAUGAAACCAAAGAAUUUAUCGUUAAGUCGAACAGACUCGGAGGAGAAAACGGAACCAACCGGAAUCGAACUGGUGAACUUCAUCAAGGAAACGUUGAACAAGAACGCGAGGGAUCGCAUGACGUUAUUGAGGAUUGAAAAGGAGUUGCACACGCUUGUUAACGAUACUGGCCGGUGUAUAGUCCGGUUUCCGGUGAUGACGUCAUACGGCCGGAUGUUGGUCCACCGGUGCGCGUCGCUGUUCCAACUGUCUCACCACCUCGACCAGGUCAACAAGACCUGUGUACUCGUCUCCAAGAGUGGUACGAGUGGUGGUAGGUUGCCGUGUACCAGCUUCAAGGAGUGGUGUACGAGUACGUUUCCACCGUCACCCCAACGGCACAGCGACACACAUGCCAAGUCAAUACUGAAGCGAGACACUCAUUCCCUGGACGAACCCGGCGGUGGGUCGAUGUCGAGCGCCCGCAGCAAAUCAUUGGAGCAAAGAGAACGGGAGUAUGAACGUGUGCGCCGUAGGAUAUUCAGCACGGAUAACUGCUCACAAGAUGAAUCUCAGUGGCCGUGGACCAGCUCGGGACCAGUGAAAGUUCUUACGGCCGAAGGUGGAAGGAACAAGUUGUUAAAAGUGCAGUCGCUGGAGAGCGCCAGUGGCAGUGGUAGCACGUUGCGGCCACGUGGCGCGGUCUCCAAGAGUCACAGCUUCGGCGGAUACGGCGGACACGCCCCCCCACACGCACCCAACGCCAGGCUACUCAGCAGACAAGGUGACCUGGCUUCAAGCAGCUGGCGAAUCUCCCCAUCCAGUUCGGGAUACAAGACCCUGAGUUUAAGAAGUACAGACUCUGUCACACCGUCCCCUACCGGUGGAGCCAGUCCGGAGCUCGGCUCAGGAGUAGUAGGAGUGGAAAGUUGCUCACCGGGACCUGCGGGCCCCGCAGACGGCGGUGUGGUAUGGGCCGUCACAGACAUGUCGGCCGUGCCGCCUGGAGCACUCGUCAUACACCCCCAGACGGGCCGACCGCUGACCAACCCGGAUGGUACCAUCUACCAUUUCGACCCAGCCAACCCUCCAAUACUUUACGACCCAAGUGUAUACGUGCCGGGUGAAAAGAAUGAUCUAUCGGGCCGACGAGGAAAAUUGGAGAAACAGCAUUCUUUCAUCGAUAAUGAGUGUGACUGUCAACCAACAGAAGAGUGUCGUAGCAAAUGUUGCUGCGAUUGUCGGCGACACGACGGCUGCCAGAGGAGCGCGACAGACAAGGUCACAAUACCGUCCGAACCAAAAAAUUCAAAACCUACCAGUCCAUGCAAAAACCGUUACGAACAAACCAAUCACACGCAAGAAUCAAGCCAUAAACACGAGAUCGAUCCAAACCAAUCCGAAACCAAUCAUCGAUCGAGUUACGAAGCAGCAGCCAACCAGAGAACGGCUUACGAAUCGUCAACCAAUGAGAGAACAGCAUACGAAACAGCAGCCAAUCAGAAAACGCCAAACGAAGCCAAUCAGUUACCGCCGUCGGAAUCGACGAAUUACGAUGGACAAUUCGAUGCAUCGUCCAAUCAGAGGCAGUUUGAGAUUGUAACCACAAAUCACAGAAUGGUUCACGAAGUAGCAGCCAAUCAGCGGCAAUUAAAUAAACUGACAAGUCAAGAUAGUCAGGAGAUGCUUUAUCUGACGCACUAUCAAGGGAUGCGAAAUGAGGUAAACUCGCCCGGACAUCUGGGGCAGGUACACUACACGCCAGAUAUGGUCAUGCAGAAUUUGAUAGCACAAGCCAAGGUUGCACCUAUGACCCUACCGGACCCUACUUUAAGGCCGAUGCCUCUAGCAAACGUUAUGUACCCGACUGCGCCACCAGGAUACCAAUAUGUGAAUCCAUGCAGGAUGGAGCAACCAGUUCAAACAUUAUAUCAGCAGAUGGUACCGACAGAGGAGCAAAAACAAUUGGCAUCUUCACCUCACGCCAACGAAAACACCUUCAGGAUUGACCCGAGCUAUGCACUGGCGAAUAUGACGGCAGUUAGCGGCAUGGAGCUGGCCCCACAGUGCGGCGCCUGCGUGGACCCCAACAUACAUCCCCACGCUCGCAGUUACAACGUCCCGUAUGGCCAGGUAGAAAUGCCAGCAGUCCUACCACCGUAUCAACUCAGUAACGUGGUACUACCGCAGCCCCAGCCACCGUUACCACAACCUCACCUGCAGCCCUACCCGCAAUAUGGCGAACCGUUGCAGUGGCAGGCCGGCGGUCCGCUAGUACCCCUGGGUGCUCCCCACAAGCUACUAGUACCCGAGUUGUACCCCGUGGUGUACCCCAAUCUGUACCCCCAAUACAACCUAGUAUAUCCACAGGUGAUAUCGCAGCCGUAUCCGAUGUGCCAGCCAGUUUACCCGACUUCCGAGCAGGAGGUGCGGCAAUCCAACGGCAGCCAGCGACACUCCAAGAGGAAUUCAGUUUGCGGCUCGUCUCGCCACACGCCGCUGCCUGCCACGCCUGAUGACAAACACGUGCCUUAUCGUGACCACGUGCACAGUAACACACAAGGACACGAAAAGAACCUAAGUCGACAGAAUUCAAACGAGAUAGCGGUCAAAAUCCAGCAGAUCAAAGAACAGAUGGCGGCGCUGAACACCAGGGACAAGGAUCGGGAGAAGUUCCGACCCAGGGACGAGUGGAAGAGGAGGAACAGCGGGAACGGGAUCCUGGGUAGUUACCCCGUGGGGGGAAACCGGCCUGGGGGAACGCCCGGGUAA